AUGACCGAUUUGGAAAGCUAUUACCUACAGGAAGAGCCGCAAAUAAUUUGCGGUGAAACAGUACCAUCAAUCGUGGAGGAUUACGCCGUGAACUAUCCUUCGAUUGUGGAUCGGUUCUUCACACGAUACUAUUAUGUGUAUCCCGGAAAGGAAGACGAGCCACAUUUGGUGCUGUUCCAUUCAAAUAGGAUCUGUCUGAUUGGGCUGAAACCCGGGCAUGUGGCUUUCAAACUUGGCAUCGAAUCGGUUUCGUUCGAGGUGGGUAGAAUCGAUCGCAGCCAGAAUCAUGUGAGUGGGAAGAAGAAAAGCGGAGGGAUGAUAGUACAGGCUGACUCGACGUUGGCUUUGAUCACGUGUAAAGAUGGUAGCGUCUAUAAAGUUCGUGGCUGUGUACAGGGCAAACUGGUUGAGGUGAAUCAGAAUGUAACGCGGGAUUUGGAACUGCUAGGAACUGAAGGAGAAGGAUAUAUUGCUGUCGUUAUGCCUAAACCAGAACAGUGUGAGACUAUCAAAGGGAAACUGAGGACACAUUUGGAGUCUGACACCUGCGGAUAUUAGUUGAUUUUACGUUUCAGUUUUAUCGUUGAACUUCAGAUCAAUCCAAUAAAUUGAUUUUGUAAAGCAA